UGGAUGUCAAGUCAAGCGUUUCACAAUUUGUCGGACAUAUUUGAAAAUUGGGAUUUUUUCUCUACGGUUUGACCAAAAUAUUUUUUGUUAACUGUUGAGAAUACGUUGUGUCGUCAAUACCUUCUAUGCGGAUAUUUUAAUUGUUGUCGGUAUGAGUGAUCGUGUAGAGAGUGGCUAUAAUCUGGAGCAAAAGUACGAUUCAAUUCACGUGCCCAUACCUGACCUGCUCAGUAGCAAUGGUAUACCAAAUGCCAGUUACGUCCGGUCGAAACUCAAGGAAUUUUCGUCCUUGUUCAAUAGCUCUUUUAGAAUUGCUAUUUUGCAAAGCGAACAAUCAGAAAAGAAGGAAUUAAAAUAUCUACUUUCAUCUUUGGAGAAAAGCCUCAAACUCGCCGUGGCGGAACUGGCAAAUAGUCAAAAAAAUCGAGUGCAUGUGUUCAGUUGUGGUAUUUGUAAUGAGGAAAUCGAGGUAAAUCAAGAUAAAGACAUAUGGACUUGUUUGCAGAGUCAUGAGCAUUUUGAGCAGCUCUAUUGUCAGCUUUUAAAUAAUACCCUUCAACUAAUUCCGUUAUCUAACAAAGAAAUAUCAUCUUUAUCUGAGAGAAGAACGAAUACAAUGGAAGCAAUUACGGGAGUCUCAGAAGUUCAACCUGAAACCCUUCCGUACAGUGGAACUGAUCAGCAUGGAAUAGACUCAUAUAAAAACAUUGGCAACUCUGAAAUCAGUCACGAAAGUGCUGGAAAAUCAGAUGCAGAUAGUGGUAGUGACAUCGACCAGGAGGAAAAAGAUGAUUUAGAUCCAGAUGACGUGAACAAGUUCCGUUUUAGUUUCCCAGUCUCUUAUAAUAAAAUAGUAGAAAGUGCCCUUUAUCCAUGCAGGAUUGCGAAUCGUAUACGGAAAUAUGACCAAGUAAAAUACUUUUCCAUUAUGAAAAUUAGUUCUACGAAAGCUGUUUGUUUAGUAUGCAAUUGUGAAAUCAAUGAUGUAAGAAUUAGAAACCAUUUAUUGAUGAGCCAUGUGAUGGGUAGUAAACAUUUAAAGUCAUCUAUGCAACCUCAAGUUUUGCAAUUGGUCGAAUUCUAUCAUGAUUUCUGGCUGAAUAAAGAUCCUUGCAUUCAAGCACAUCAAGUGUAUCUUAGACCAAUCGAUUUGACAUACAUGCAGUGCAGCCUGUGUGAUUGUGCGCUUUGUAUUGAUGAUAUAGUCGGGCAUAUACAACUCAAUCCGCACAAAAAAAAUGUUAUUCACAAUUUUGAAUCGAGAGUGAAUUCGAAUUAUCUCAUUGAUUUACAAGUUGAGGCUUAUGGAAUUCGAAGAGAAUCAGUUGAAGGAAAGAAAGAUGUAGAAAGUUCUCCAGAGACAAAUCGGAAGGAGAAGCAAAAAUUGGAGGAAAUUAAAAAAUAUGCUGAUGGGGAAGGUAAUCCUGAGCCGAGGGACAACGAAGCAGAAGAACAAGAAGAACAAGAAGAACAGUUGCACAAUAUAAUUAAAGCAGUCGAGCAUCCGACUAGUUCUAAUAUCUUGAAACUAUUACCGAACAGAAUGAAAUCAUUUUCCAGUUGUCUACAACUAAUACCCAACCGUGGAGUUUAUUGCGAUCUUUGUCACUUUUUCUUGUCGGAAAAAGUUAACAUAAUAGAACAUUUUCUUAUGACUCCUGCACAUAGAGCGGCGAAAUCGUUACAAUAUAACUACUAUUGUGAUAUAUGCGAUACAUGGUAUAAAUCUGAGCAUGCCUGGUUAUAUUAUCAUAACUUCUCUGGACCACGACAUCUUAAUAUGGCAGCUAGUAGACGCAACAAGGUAACCGAGUAUGAAUGUACCACUUGUAGACUUGUUAUAUUUGGUGACAAUUUAUCGUUAUCCCGACAUAAAAUGCAAAAGCGGAAAAGUAGGAAAAACCAUCGGGGCACUGUUAAACUACCACCACCGAUCCGUCUUUUAUUCAAGUCAAAAGAGAACAUAUGUGCUGUAGCUGAGAACCUAGCCAAAGAAGCGGAAGAUGUUCUCAGGAAUUCUUUAACAAGGGACUGUUGCAAGCAACUUGAAUCGGUUUUGUUAGCAAUUUCUCCAAAUUGUAGAGUUUAUCCAUUUGGAUCUAGAGUUUCCGGAUUAGGAAAUAAGGAUAGUGAUUUAGAUGUCUUUGUCGAUAUGGACGAAGACUACUUCGGUAAGAAUUUUCAGGACGCUAAGAAGCAAGUGAUGUUAAUUCGAGGUAUUAACAAAAUUUUACAAAAACAUAAAGACUUUGCUGGUACUAUACCAGUUUUGAGUGCUCGCACACCAAUUUUGAAAUUGUAUCACAUACCAACGAAGCUCGAUUGCGAUUUAUCAUUCAAACACGGUCUUAGUGUUGAAAACACUAAAUUUUUAAGACUUUGCAUAGAAAUGCAACCCGUUUGUCAACGACUGAUUCUACUGGUUAAAAGUUGGGCCGGUUAUAUAAUUUUUGAAAAUAUUACUACCUAUGCUUUGGCGAUGUUAUGCAUAUUUUAUUUACAAACUCAUGGAUAUUUGAUAUCCGUAGAUAAAUUAUUCGAACUAAAUAAACAUAAACCGAUAAAUAUUAGUGGUUGGAAAACUAUUGCUUAUGCAUUAUCUCUUGAGGAUAUGAAACUUCACAUUAAACCUUACCAGGGGACAUUAACUGAGCUGAUGGAACAUUUUUUCAAAUAUUAUUGUUUCUUUGACUUUGCUAGCGAUGUGGCUUGUCCCCUGUUGGGUAAAGUCGUAAAACGAUCUCUGUUUGAAGGCGAUAUUGAGAAGUUGCCUCCACAAAUGGACACUUAUAUUACCCAGUUGACUGGAGACGAUCCAGAAUUCUUCAGAUCGAACUCACCCAUGUGUAUUCAGGAUCCUUUCGAUUUGAGUCACAAUUUAACGAAGGCCGUUCAUAAAACCACUUUGAUAAAAUUUCAGGAAAUGUGCAAACUCAGUUAUGAGUAUUUAAAACAAUUGCACUAAUGCAAAAAGUUAUUUUUAUUUUAUUGUGACGUCUAUAUUUUUAAAAUAUGGUUUAAAAUGACUAAGGAAAUGAAAUGUUUUCUUUUGGUAGAUUUACCAAGUUUAUUGUUUUGGGACAUCGGAUAAAAGAAAUUUCAUUCUUGUUACGCAAUUUUAUUGUAUGUCCAUAUGAACAGAAAAAAUACGUUAAGUAACCUAGAUUGUUCAAUGUAUGUUCCGAUUAAUCAAUAAAUUUUUUAGAAUA